UUCCGUGGUGUUAUUUUUACUUCUUUUUGUUUAUUUUAUGUUUAUUUUUAAAUAAUCUGUUUUCACGCACAAUGGUUUGUUCAAUCCGUACUAUUUAAUAUUUGCGUUUACAAGCUAUACAACUAUAAACAACCAUACACAGCUGUUUUUUAGGUUUUAUUUACACAUAUUUCUAUACCAUGUAAACUAGCCAUGUAACCAUGUGUCCUUGUUUGUAUGUUAGUCAACAAAUCCAUCAGCACGUAUCUAUGAGGUUUACCGCUGAAAGUGGAUGAUAAUGAGUGCCCAGCCUGAACAGAAUACCAUGGAGCAAGCAGGGAGAUCUUUUUCAUCCGACCAGAACUCUGCCGAGCUGGAGCUGAUGCGUCUCGUGAUAAAGUGCAUACGGCAGGCUGUCCUGGUGAGCGGCGAGCCGGCGCCGGCGCCGGGCCCCGCGCUCGCGGCGGCCGUGUGUCGGGUCGUAGCGCUGCAGGCGGGGCACGGGUACCACGCCGUCUACAAGUUGUGGGUCGAUCUGCAAACGGCAUCGCUGCGUAAAGUGCGCGCUCACCUCGCCCGGGGCGACAAAUCGCCGACUCACCAGCAACUGUCCACCCUCGAGUGGGCCGUUGUGGACCUAUUGCUGCUAUACGAUUCAACGCUCGAUGUGGCGGGUUUCUUCCACCCUGCCCAGCUGGCGGCGCUGGACCGCACCUUCUCUCUGGUACAAGUGCUGCGCCUGGAGCCGGAGAACGGGCGAGAAGUGUCUCCAGACCAGUGGACUCGGGCGGCGGACCGCUACUCCAGGAAGGGCGUGUCGCUGUCGGCGGUGGCGCUGCAGCGGCGCUGGCUGGAGAUGAAGCAGCACGCGCGCCGCCGCACGGCCUUCCCCGCCACGCCCUACGUGCUGCACGCCAUCCUCCACAGGUCAGCAAUAUAUAUCUGGAGAUGA